AUGCUGCACGUGCUGGGCGGCGGCGACGCGGCCGCGGGGGACGCCGACCGCAUCGCGGGGCUGGCGCAGCUGAAGAAGAAGGUCGCCCGCCUGAGCGAAGGCGGGAAGAAGGCCCUGGCCGUGCCGCUGCCGGAGCCUGUCAGAGGCAGGCUGGAACGCGGGGAGGCCUAUAAGAUCGCGUCGGAGGAGGUCAGCGCCAAGUGGGCGGGGGUUGUCGCCAGGAAUCGGAAAAAGGACGUGUUGGACUUUACGAAGGGGAACGCGGAGACGGUCGGGAGGAAUACGGGCGUUGUCGCGGAGGGCUUCAAGCCGAUUAAGGAGUAUGAGAAGGAAAUUCAGAGGAUGCUUAGGGAUGGCGGUGUGGGGAGCGAUGUGCAAGUUGUGAGGAAUGAGGAGAAGGACUUUCAGGAUCAGCUGGGCGUCGCUGGCGUGUCCAAGGAGGAGCUGCUGGAGAGGAGGCGGGAGCUGGCCAAGGUGCGCAGCUUGAUGUUUCACUACGAGCGUAAGAUGAAGCGCAUCAAGAAGAUCAAGAGCAGAAAGUAUCGGCGGAUUUUGAAAAAGGAGAAGGAGAAGCUGACAGAAGGGCGCAUGGGCGACCAUGUCGAGGACGCGGAAGAUCAACGGAUGAAGAAGGAGAGGGAACGAGCGGAGGAACGCAUGACGCUGCGGCACAAAAACACGUCCAAGUGGGUGAGGAGACAGUUGCAGAGGAAGGAAACCAAGAGAAAUCCGGAGACCAGAGCGGCUGUUGAGGAGCAAUUGCAGCUUCACGAGGACCUCAAGAGACGGCAGGAAGGAAUGAUGGACGACUCUGACGACAGUGAUUCUGACAACUCUGAGGGUGGAGAGCAUGCGACAGAGGAGCAGCUUGACGCCGAGAUGGAGCAAGUACGUCAAUCCCUGAAUGAAGAAAAGAAGCCAGGUUCGAAGGCUACAAAGAGAAAGGGAUUGAUGGGAAUGAAGUUCAUGCAGGUUGCCGACGAGCGGCAGAGAUUGCAGGCGCGAGCGUUGCUCGACCAAAUCAAUAUGGAAGGCUCCGACGAGGAAGAAGCGGAUGGACAGACUGUGGCAUCUUCAAGAGGUCGUCAGUCCUUCUCAGGCGGUGCUGUCGAAGAGACGGCGAAAGCAGUAGGAACAAGCACAGAAGGGAAUUUGUCUGACGAGGAGAAGGUGGUGAGUGACGACGAGGACGACGCCAGGGCCCUGAAGCGAAGAGUAGUCAAGGAGUACGAAGAGAGUGAGAAGAGCGCGCGGCCCGGAAUGGGUGGGGGUUUGGUUGGUGGCGCGGAGAGGCUUAGCGAGGCUCUAAUGGAGGCAACAAAGACGAAAGCAGGGUUCACGACAAUUCUAGAUGGGAAGCUGAAGGCGACGACAGCAAGCGACAAUCCAUGGCUGAGGAUGCAGACAAAGGGUUCUGGUGGGGAUAGGGAAGUGGCGCAGGUGGGUUCAGAUACGAUCGGUGACGAGAGCGAUGAGGGCAAUGUGGAUAUGGCAUCCAGUGAUGGAAAGGAAGAGGCAAUAAAGACGACGAGCGGACAAGAGACCAGCAAGGAAGUAGGUAAUGCUAAGGAUGAAGCGUUGUGGCAGAAGAGUAAGAAGAAGCGCAAUAGGAGGGAAACGGGGACAAAGCCGACGAUGACGGUAGUGGAUUCCAAGCAAGAAAAUAGGGUCAAAAACGAAAACGAUGAGGAAGCGAAGACAAAGCACAGGAAGGACAAGAAAGUGCAUUUCAAACGCGAUGAUUCUGAAGACGAGAAUGAGGGCGGGUCGGAUUGGGAAGACGACGACGUGGCACGGAUGAAGCUGGUGGCAAAGGCAUUCUCCGGGGCAGGAGGUGCUGACGAAGAAGACUUUGCUGCGAUGAAGGAGGGUGAAGUCGGACGGUCUCUCCCCAAAGCUGCGGACGUGGGGGCAGAAGUGCUGCCAGGGUGGGGCAGCUGGGACGGGGCCGGGAUGAAGAAGCGUCGCAAGAAAGGGCGGGCUGAAAGCGCGUUUGCGCGGGCGGCGCGCGAGCGGUUGGACGCGGCGCGCUCCAAAGCGGUCAGCGCUCGCGCGGACCGGGACCUGUCGCACGUGAUCCUGGACGAGCGGCGGAUCAAGCAGGCGACACAGCUGACGCUGGCCUCGGUGCCGUUCCCGUUCACGUCCGUGGCGCAGUGGCAGCGCGAGGUGGCCGCGCCCGUGUGCCGCGAGCUGGUGACCGCGCGGGCGUUCGAGGAGCAGGUCGCCGGGCGCAUCAAGAAGAAGGCCGGCGUUGGCAUCAAGCCCAUCAGCCUCUCGAGCGGGCGUGCGGCCGUCCUGCAAGAGCGAAAGCGCAAGAUCGAGGCGCGCAGUGCCCGCCGCAAGGGGCUGUAG